AUGUUUAGCCGUCGCCUGUCAUCCCGCUUCCUCUGCACAAGUGCCCGUUUGGGCUCUCAGGCGGUGUCGAACCGAGUGAUCGUCCCGCCCGCGUCACACUUCCAGCAACGCACGGCUGCGUCUGCGAAGCUGGCCAAGAAGGAGUACCGUCAGCUGCCCGAGAACUGCGGCUAUAUAGAGAAUUUCUAUAACGAGCUGGAGCAGUUCUCAAACGACUUUCUGACGUCGCAGCUCAACAAAUCGUACUCGGACUUCGACGACUGUCCGGAGGACCUUGUGUUUGAGAUCGACAAAUACAUUGAGACACGCAUCAUCCCGCGGCACAGCGUUUCGUCGGCCGCGAAGCAGGACGCACGCGGUGCGAGGCCGCCUAUCGUGUGCGAGACGGUGAGCGACAAGUUAGUGAUUGAACGGUUCCUCGACUUUUCAAACGGCGUGAAGCUGACACUGCGCAUGAACGGCGGAUAUACCUUCAUUUUCGACGUGAUGCUGCAGGGCAAGGCUGCGUUCGACCAGUUCGAGGCCGUGCGGAAAUGCUGA